GAUAAGAUGUCAGUUUUGGCACAGAAAUCAACACGAAAUCGCAAGGGACGUCUAUCCAUGGUGUUGCAAACUCUCUACAUAACUCCCUUAGUCCCUUUGGUUUGGAUUCCAUUUCAAUUUCAAUGAAGUUCCUUUGAUAGAUAAAGAUUAGAGAUAAAGAGAGCCCUAACAAGUUGUUACACUACACUCGCAGACUCAACGGGAAAUAUGGCAGCAAUGGCAACUGCUGAAGCCUGUGAUUCAAAUGCAGCACUUCUGGUAAGCGGCGACUUGCGUGUUCUGCAACCAAUCUUCCAGAUUUAUGGCCAGCCUCGAGUGUUCUCGGGUCCCAUUGUCACCGUUAAAGUGUUCGAGGACAACGUAUUCGUGAGGGAGCUUCUUGAAACUCGAGGCGAAGGAAGAGUUCUUGUCAUCGAUGGCGGAGGAAGCAUGAGAUGUGCUUUGGUUGGAGGCAAUUUAGGACAGCUAGCGCAGAAUAUGGGGUGGUCUGGUAUUGUAGUGAAUGGCUGCAUUAGAGACGUAGAUGAGAUUAAUGCAUGUGAUGUUGGGGUGCGAGCAUUAGCAUCUAAUCCCCUGAAAUCUAACAAGAAAGGCAUCGGUGAGAAGCAUGUCCCUGUUUAUAUAGCUGGAACCUUUAUUCACGACGGGGAGUGGUUGUAUGCUGAUAGUGAUGGCAUUCUGGUCUCAAAAUCAGAACUUUCUAUCUGAAGCUGACUGUGAAGUCUUGUAUGCUGAGAUUCAUAUGCUGCUACUGUGCAAUAAGAGGGUCGAAAUCCCAAUUAAAGCUGUAUCUUAAGAAAUUUUAGGCAUUUCACAAUGCGUAGGACUGCAUGUUUUGCCUCAUAAAAGGGCAUCAGGUCAGUUUCUUUUCUUUAGGUGUUGAAGGUUGAUUAAUUUUUGCGGAUGGAGAGCCAUUCAGAGUAUUAUGAUGCAUCACCAAUAAAACUUUUUCAUAAAAGAUCCAAGGUCUUGUACGAAGUUAAAAACAAA